GCCCUGUUGUUACACUAUGUUGUUGUCUACUGUCUACCCUUCAGGCAUUUGGCAUACUUUGUUGCUGCUGGAUAUCACAGACGCGAUUCGGAACGUUUCUGACCCCGACGUCGUGGUACAUUGGCAGGUGAUGAACGUCCGCAGGUCCUACCCGGCCCAAAGAGGUGAUGUCGUGCACGAAUACCUACCUCCCGUCCCGAGAAAGGCGGAGGACACGAGAACGUUCCUGCUGCUGGUGCUGAGACAAUCGUCCAGGGUGGAUGCUCGAGCUGUGUGGCUUUACACUGGUGGUCAGUGCAGCAUGGGGACGGAGCACAGGUGUAAAUUUGACUUUGCAGCAUUCCAGAAACACUUGAACUUUCGCAUUGCCGGCCUGGCCUAUUUCCAUAGCCGCCAGGACGCUUUUGCAAGAUCGGUGAUGUUUAGAGGUCUUGAGAGAACGAACUCUACCCAAGAUGCAGCUCAAGUAUGCGCAGGAGUACCUGGCUACGCCGACCCGUGCCCCAGUCCAUGCCCUGUGUAGUGAACAUUACUCC